AUGGUUCGCAACAUCCACGUCGCCGUUCUCGAUGUUGACAUCCCAGCCCGUAUUCUCUACGAGGCCCGCGGGCUUUGCAGCGCGCACUUUCGCAAUAUCCUCCAAGAGACCGCGGGACAGAUCAACGAAAGCGGCUUAGCGAGUGACAAUCCUAUCAAUAUCAGCGUUACUCCAUACGACAUUCGAGGAGGCCACUACCCUGAUUUUCGCAAGAUGCGUGGCCAUCUCGAUCAGAUCCAGUGGCCCGAAACGUCUCCCAUUGACGCUAUCUUGAUCACUGGGGGCGAGCCAGGAGUGUAUGAAAUGGACCAGUCGCCGUGGAUGCAAACCCUAGCGAAAUUUCUCAGAGAGAUCUACGACCGAUACCCAGAAGUCCGUAUCCUGGGCACCUGUUUCGGCCACCAGCUGAUCUCGCACAUCCUUGUCCGCGAUCCGAAGGACCCCGUGCGGGAUGUAUUUGUCGAGAAAUGCCCCCUCGGAAGAGAAGUCGGUAUCUACACCGUGCAGCUUGAAAAUGCAUUCAUUCGAUCAUUCCCAGGAGCACUGGGGCAUCUUUCACAAGGCCAACUACGCAUCCAAAUGUUUCACGGUGACAGAGUGAUGGCCGUGGAAAAAGGCCAGGCUGUGACUCUUACCGACUCGCUGCCAGUGUCUCUGCCGGCACCUUGGAUCAAUGUGGGCAGCACACCGAUCUGCCCUAUUCAAGGACUGUAUCAUCCCGGGAGAGUCCUGUCUGUGCAAGGGCACUAUGAACUCGACGCGUUUGGAAUGCAGAAGAUGUGUUUGGAUUCUGCACCGCGGAUGCAGUGGAAGCAGUCGAAGUUGGCACUGUUUUUGGAGCAAGUUGGGCCUGAUUUCGAAGAACGACAAGAUGAUGCGAGAGCGUUUGCGUCUGCGGUCGUUUGCUUUUUGGCGGGAGUCGAAUUCUGA